AUGAUUCUCAUUUCAUUAGGGCAUUUUUGUGAUAUUCACGGACCAACUAUAAUAAUUGUAACACAGGAAGGAGAAAUAGGGAACUCAGGUAAUGAGCUAUUACUGCCAGAUUACCCAACUGAAUCAUACUGUGAGUCAUGCAUGGUUAAAAUACCAGAUUGUGACGGUAGCGAUGAAAAUGGAGCCGAUGUCGAUACAGAAGCAGAGGUAUCCACAACUGACACAAUCAGUGAAAAUACCCUGCUCCCUGCUUCAAAUGUACCAAGAUCUAUCAGGUCAAAACUUGGCGAAAAAUCCUUUGUGUCCUCUCAAUACUCAGCUAUUAGGUACCAAUUACUUACAUCAAUGAUACGAAAGGCAUUUUCAGAAGAGACAAUGAUAUAUGAUGGCUCACCUUCUGUUUUCUAUGAUGAAAGUAAGGGUCUGAAUUUAGUAAUGGGCUUUAAACUACAUGAUCCUAAUGCCAGAGGAAACGAGAGAAGAUACUGCCUUAUUUUAACGAUUGAAUCUGUCGAUGAAACGAAUGCGAUGGGAUUAAUUGCAGCUCAUUGGCACUUCAUAGUAGGCGGGUUUUCAAUGAUGAUCAAUGCAAUCAAGGAAAAACAUGCUCAAAAUAAUGAUGGAUUAGAAAGCAAUCAUGACUUACAGAAAAAUUUCACACAAGAUAUUGGCAACUACUUAAGAGCAAAUAAAGGCAAAUGUGCACGCAAUCUAUCAGAAUUGACAAAUGAUAAAUUCACAUUUUUACGAAUACACAAAUGGAAUACAUACAUGAUAGAUACUCUCUGCUCUAAGUUACAAAGGGCCGAUCAAUCUUCUGUCAUAAAAGAGAGAUCAAAACAUGCUUCUUAG